UCAGUAUGAUGAGGACCAAGAGGAGGAGGCUCCAGCAGAGAGCACAGAGCAUUUUAUCCCCCCAAACAGCCAGGAUCUUUUCCUCACCCUUACUGAGGUUCCCUGCCAGCCAUCUCAAGGCAGUACUCCAGAAAAUGAAGCUGAGGGACCGUCCUCUGCUGCACAUUUCUCUAGCCUCCCUCUCGCUUCUCAUCUACGUGGGGGGGGGUAUCAUAAGAAGACUGAGGAAAAGGAGGACGCGUGAGGACAUGUUCACCGAAAUUAUGGCAGUAACCCGUACAGAGAGAGCUCAGCAGGGAGACUGGAAACAAUUGGUCGCAAAGUACAGGGAGGCUGCCAGUCAACGCGAAGACAGGAGGGACCAACGCGAAGACAGGAGGGACGCCAAAAAUGAUGUCAGGUGGCAGGAAGAUCAGCGCUGGCGAGCAGCAACUCUGGAUCUUCUUCGUGAUCAGACUGACAUCCUCCGCGAUAUGCUGCAAGAGCUCCGUGGUUUCAGAAUGCCCCUACAGCCCGUGUAUAACCUCCCUCAGUACUCACCCUGUCCCACACCUUCCAGAACCAGGCGUGUAAGAACGCGUGGGGGAAGGCUCUCUGCACCAGCCCCCUCCACUGCUGCGGACACUCCAACCAGAAGGCUUUCAUUAGAUUGAAAAGCCCUUUGUGUCCUGUUUUUUCCCUCCUCUAAUGAUCCAAACUU